CCUGCAGUUUAUGUGGCAGAAAGUGCAAUUAGUUCAGGAACUGCAGGUUCCUCUGCUGAUGGAUCAGAAAAUACUAUCCUAGUUGCAGGUGGCCUUGCUUUGAUCUCCAUUGCUGCUGCAUCCGCAAUACUCCUUCAAGUUGGCAAGAACCCUCCUCCAAUCCAGACAGUGGAAUACUCUGGACCAUCACUUAGUUACUAUAUCAACAAGUUUAAGCCAACCGAAAUCAUGGAAGCUGCGGCUCCCCUCGUGACAGUAACAUCCACUUCGUUGCAAUCAGAAAGCUCCAACAUUGAAGUUCCCCAAGUUCGGGUUCUAUCGGAAUCUCUGCAGGACACUUCCAUAUCAAGUUCCAACAUCUCUUAG